UGCGGUAGGACUGGUUUGUGUGAGCUAGCUCGAGUUUAAGUGACUUUAUUUAAUAAAGUUGAUGAAAGUGAUUUUAUUCAUCGCGGUUAAUGUAUUAAUGUCUUAUUUAUGGUUUAGAAGUGAUGCGGUGAUCAGAAGCAGCGCGCGCUGGACGCUUUUUAUCAACAAACUGAUUGACAACAUGGUCUGGAUGGACAUAAAAUCUGCUGAAAGUUAAUUUAUCAAAGUAAUCUUCAUUGAAUGAGAAAGAUCUGUUCAGUCUGCUGACCUUUUUGUUUGUUGAACGCACACACACGACGCUGCCGACCAAUCAGAACGAUUCUCGCCAUGUCUCUGCCUGAGGACGCGGGGGAUCAUGGGAAAGAGAGAGAGCGUGGCGCCCGUCCUAAAGUCCGUCAGAGCCGCUCUGAGGAGCGAAUAGAUGGAGGGAGGAGGAAGGGUGGGAGGAGCAAGAAAAAAAGCCACCUGUCACAUGACCUGGGCUCCGAGCGGCCCGUGAGCGACGGGUUUGAGUAUGGUGACUUACUGAGUGGUCUGCACGAACCCAGCAAGGGCGUCUCGUCCUCUCCAGUAAGGGAUCACCGGAGACGCCACGUAAUCGGGUCGCCUGGAUCUCUGUUAUUUGAGAGAGUUUCUGCCAAACUGUCGCUCGGUUCUUCCGCCACUGAUGCCGACUCUGACACAGACAGCAAGUCUUCCGGAAGCUGCCGAACGCUUCGCCAGAAGAUCCAGGAUGCAGUGGGACAGUGUUUUCCCAUCAAGAGUCAGAAUCAGGGCUUGUCCCACUCCCCAUCGCCAGCUUCCACAAGCUCCUCGAGGCGGAAGAUCCAUCUGAGCGAGCUCAUGCUAGACAGCUGCCCGUUCCCGGCCGGUUCUGAUCUGUCCCAGAAGUGGUACCUCAUCAAGCAACACACUGCGCCCAUUUCUCAAGCGCCCGUCCUGGAGUCCUCGAGUGGCGCGACGGCUUCUGCGGCGGUCACUGAAGGUACACCGGUCGAAGACGAGGAAGACCGCCUACGGGAGAGGCGAAGAAUUAGUAUCGAGCAGGGCGUAGAGCCGCCACCCAACGCCCAGAUCCACACCUUCGAAGUGACCGCUCAAAUCAACCCUAUGUAUAAACUCGGACCCAAACUUACUCACGGGAUGAACGAGUUAGCCGGAGACGAGCACGCGAUGCAGCACCAGCUUCUCCUGCAGAGCUGCUUGGACACUUUGGAUGAGGUUGCGGCAUCAACCGCGGCCACAACGUUGGCUGAUUUGGACCUGGGCGCCAGUGCUGCGUCUCCAUCCACCAGUUCUCUAACAGGAGUGACUCUAGUUCAAGCGGACAGUCCAACACCUCAAGACGCUGAGCAUCGCAUACACACGCAAAUCGAUUACAUCCACUGCCUAGUGCCCGACCUGCUCCAAAUCACCAACCUGAUCUGUUACUGGGGCGUCAUGGAUCGGUACCAAGCGGAGACGCUACUUGAGGGUAAACCUGAAGGCACGUUCCUCCUGCGCGACUCUGCUCAGGAAGACUACCUCUUCUCCGUGAGCUUCCGUCGGUACGGCCGUUCGCUCCAUGCUCGCAUCGAACAGUGGAAUCACAACUUCAGCUUCGACGUGCACGACCCGAGCGUGUUCCACGCGCCCACCGUCACCGGGCUCCUCGAGCACUACAAGGAUCCAAACUCCUGCAUGUUCUUCGAGCCGCUGCUGUCCAACCCGAUCCACCGGAGACAUCCGUUCAGUCUGCAGAACAUCUGUCGUGCCGUCAUCAGCAGCUGCACCACGUACGACGGCAUCAACACUCUGCCGCUCCCCAACGUGUUAAAGGAGCACCUGAAGGAAUACCACUACAAGCAGCGCGUGCGCAUACGCAGACUCGACACAUGGUGGGAGUGAGACAGAUACGCGGAAUGUGUUCGGAAUGGAAUACUAGCAUACUAACUGAAUACUGCACAGUAUACUGCAUACUACCUACUGAGAGAGUUGCAGGUACAUUAUUGUCACAUGACCUCAUGUUUAAUUCAAUGGGUGGCUUUCAGUUAUCUUCUUGGAAAUUAAUGUUUACUUUGCGUCUUUAAUUCAGGCAUACUUAUGCCUUAAAGCUGAAGUGUGUACUUUCUGCACCACUAAAGAGAAUUCAUCCUCCGUCUGUCAUUGGUUGAACAAACAGUUAGUCCCGCCCACAACUCACGUGAUUGGUUGAGUCAGUGUUGGACUGGACGGGUCGCUCAAACAGAGACACUGUGUUUACAGUUUUUAUUAUAGUUGUCUCUGCAUAUUAUAUCUAGAUACGAGUAUAAAAAGUUACAAAUUCAGCUUUGAUAUUUAGCAGUUUGAUCAAACAACAAAUCUAAAUAGAGAUGUUAAAAUCUGUGUGUUAUUACUUUUGGUUCAUUCGCCACACUGGAAAUGAAAUAAUCGAGGAAGUUCUCAUGAAUCCUGUCAAGUAAAUGUCUUGGUCAUAUGUUACUCCAAAAUCAAAAGAAACAAAUAUGAAGUUAUAUUUUACAUAUAAAAAUCAAGAUUUUGUUCAUUUUCAUCAGUUAUGUGCAUUUUACCCACAAAUUCUCAUUCUGCAACAAAUUUCAAUUGUUACAUUUUUAUACAUCUUAAGCUGCGUACACACUGCCAGUGACAUCGCGCGCGACAGCGACUCCAUCCCAUUCAUUGUCAAUGAGAGCACAGCGACUUCUGGUGACACGAGCUGUCGCGACCGUUGGCGACUAGAUGUGGGCGUGUCCAGCGACGCGACAAAGUUGAGACAAGUUCAACUUUAUUCAAAUGAAGAGUGACUAACAGAAGCGACAACCAAUAGGAGAGAAGACAGGAGAGCUCAUGUGAUCCUUCUCUCUCUCUCUCUCUCUCUCUCUCUCUCUCUCUCUCUCUCUCUCUCUCUCUCUCUCUCUCUCUC